ACUGCUGGCCCAUCAAAUAAGCGGAUCGGCAUCGUUGCCUAGAAGAAAACAACAACAUCGCAACUUUCGUCUGCAUUUUUCGUCUGCAUUUUUUAACAAGAAGUUGCGGAUGAUAACGAUAUGCUAGCUCGAACUUUUAGAGUUUUGUCCCCUUUUCAUUCAUCAUUUUCAUCGAAGACUAUGACUACCAUUCCGAUUCAAAACAACCCAAUGGAAAUGUCAAUUCGUGUAAAGCUCACUAAUCAAUUUUCACCAGUUCAUUUGGAUAUAUUCAAUGAGUCAUACAUGCAUAAUGUACCGAAAGGAAGUGAGACUCAUUUCAAGGUUUUGGUUGUUUCAAGCAAAUUUGAAAAUACACCAUUGUUACAGAGGCACAGGUUGGUAAAUGAAGUACUUUGUGAUGAGCUGAAAAAUGGAGUCCAUGCUUUAUCAAUUGUUGCAAAAACACCUUCACAAUGGGAAGAAUCAUCUAAAGUUACUGAAAAAAGUCCAGCAUGUAAAGGUGGUUUUGGCAAAUAAAUAUUGUGCUCUUUAAAUAUUCAAAGCUGCUUUCAAACAUCAGUCAGUAAAUAAAUGUAUUUGUUUCACUCUU